CAUAAAAUCUGUUCUUUGUUGCUCAUGGAAUUUUGCAUUUGUCUUGUGUCAUUCUACUUUUUUGUUUUAUUUUUGUAUAAGAAAAAUUAACUUAUUCACCACAUAUAAAAAUAAAAAAUAAAAUGAACGACACCACGUUCACAAGAGGAGAAAUAAUAAGUUUAGUUGUUAGGUUAACUUUGGUGUCGGCAGUUACAUUUUGGAGUGUAAAAUGGAUUAUAAAUCAGAUAGAUCCAACCAAUAAAACAAAAAAGAAAGCUAGGCAAACCGCAGAAGCACAAUUAAAGAGAAUAGCCAGUCCAAUCCCGAUUAAUGAACUCAAUGAUUAUGAAAUGAUGAUAGCGGCACACUUGGUUAACCCUGUCGAUAUUAAAAUAAGCUGGCAUGACAUAGCAGGACUCGACAACUUAGUACAAGAGUUACGGGAAACUGUUAUAUUUCCAAUUCAAAGAAAGGACCUUUUCAGUGAUUCAUCUUUGACAACUGCUCCUAAAGGAGUAUUACUACAUGGUCCACCUGGUUGUGGAAAAACUUUAGUUGCUAAAGCCACAGCUCGAGAGGCAGGAACUUAUUUUAUCAACCUGGAUCUUUCUAUUCUAACGGACAAAUGGUAUGGAGAAAGUCAGAAAUUAGCUGCGGCUGUGUUUACUCUGGCCGUUAAACUACAACCCUGUAUCAUAUUUAUCGAUGAAAUUGAUUCGUUUUUGAGAGCCAGGAGUAGUUCUGACCAUGAGGCCACUGCUAUGAUGAAAGCUCAGUUUAUGUCACUUUGGGACGGGUUGAUUACUGAUACCAGUUGUACUGUAAUUGUUAUGGGUGCCACUAAUAGACCACAGGAUCUAGAUAAAGCAAUAUUAAGAAGAAUGCCUGCAACUUUCCAUGUUCCCAUGCCCAACCUGGCACAGAGAAGACAGAUCUUAAGCCUUAUUCUUCAAAAUGAACCUCUCUCAGAUGAUGUGGACCUAGAAUGUUUAGCCAAAUUAACAGAGGGCUUCUCGGGAUCCGAUUUAAGGGAACUGUGCCGUAAUGCAGCUGUCUAUCGGAUUCGUGACUAUGUUCGCAAUGAAAUUAGCACUAAUCUAAACAGAGCAAGAAUAGGUUCAGGUGGAGAGGGUGACAUAUAUCACGAUGCGUUGCGACCCAUUUCAAUGGACGAUUUGAAAUUCUCAUUUAGUAAAAUGAGAGAGUCAAAGAUUCAUUGCGGUUCUCUUGGAAUGCAGAGCAGGAUAGAUCUCGAUUAGUUGGCGUGGUAUCGUGUGCUGAUACCAAUUUUAACAGACAUGGACAAGUAUGAACGAAAAUGUGAAAACUUUGCAGUAAAUUUUGCUAAAUGCUGUGGUUACAAAUGUUAAUUGUUUUGGCGCGGAGAUUGCGACUCUGCUUGAAAAUUGUUGUUAUGUUUUAGGCAGGUUGUUGUACAUUGUAGAAUUGCGAAUUGGUUUUCUUGUAAAUUUUUAGUGUUUAAACAGGACUUCCUGAAAAUUUUCAUUUCACGUGACCAUGUGUGAAUUAGUCUAGAGUAUACCGUUUGAAUUUUUGGAGAUUUGUUUGUGGAAAAAUAAUCCGCCCUUUUUGAAAUAUUUAUUUUCUAUAUUUUCUCACAGCAUUGGGCUAUUAUUAGACAGUUUCACAAAUGAGUUGCAUUAAACUCUAAAAACGUUACUGUCAAAUAUCCUCUUGUUGGGAUCUCUAACGUGAAAAUUUUUUUUAGAAAAAGUUAAGAUUAAAAACAUUAAUUAAAAAUACAAUUUAGGGGUCAACCUUACAAUAUACUUUUGUUGAGUCUUGAAAAAUCUAUAUGUUGUCUAAAAACCACUUGUGUAGCAUAAAAGAAAAU